AUCCUGGAGAGUCCGGCAGGGACCGACAGCAGGAUGUCGGCGCAGGAGCGGUUGAAGCGGCUGGAGAAGCUGCUGCUGGAGCAGCGGGCGGCCGGCUGCCUGAGCGUGGAGGCGCUGCUAGACCUGCUGCUCUGCUUCUACACCGAGUGCUCCCAGUCCCCGCUCAAGAGGGAGAAGCACGUCACCGACUUCCUGGAGUGGGUGAAGCCAUUCACAACCACGGUGAAGGACAUGCGGCUGCACAAAGACGACUUCGAGAUCCUGAAGGUGAUUGGACGAGGAGCUUUUGGAGAGGUUGCCGUGGUGAAAAUGAAGCACACGGAGCAAGUUUAUGCUAUGAAGAUCCUCAAUAAGUGGGAGAUGCUAAAGCGAGCAGAGACGGCAUGUUUCCGUGAAGAGCGUGACGUCCUGGUGAAAGGAGACAGUCAGUGGAUCACCAACCUGCACUACGCCUUCCAGGACGACAACUAUUUGUACUUGGUGAUGGAUUACUACGUGGGUGGCGACCUGCUGACGCUGCUCAGUAAGUUUGAGGAUCGACUUCCUGAGGAUAUGGCCAAGUUCUACGUGGCUGAGAUGGUACUUGCCAUCCACUCCAUCCAUCAGCAGCACUACAUCCACAGAGACAUCAAACCUGACAACGUCCUGCUCGACGUCAAUGGCCAUAUUCGCCUCGCAGACUUCGGAUCCUGUCUCCGCAUGAUGGAGGACGGCACGGUUCAGUCCUCGGUGGCAGUUGGCACGCCAGACUACAUCUCCCCAGAGAUCCUGCAGGCAAUGGAGGACGGGAUGGGCCGCUAUGGCCCAGAGUGCGACUGGUGGUCGCUGGGUGUGUGCAUGUACGAGAUGCUGUACGGCGAGACACCGUUCUACGCUGAGUCGCUGGUUGAAACCUAUGGCAAGAUCAUGAAUCAUGAGGAGCGUUUCCAGUUCCCUUCCCAUGUGACCGAUGUGUCUGAAGAUGCCAAGGAUCUGAUCCAGCGCUUGCUCUGUUCCAGGGAACGUCGCCUCGGACUUAAUGGGAUCUCCGACUUUAAAAGCCACCCUUUCUUCAACGCGAUCGACUGGGACAACAUCCGGUCCACCGGGGCCCCCUACAUCCCCGAGGUGUCGUCACCCACCGACACCUCCAACUUUGACGUAGAUGAUGAUGUCCUGAAGAACCCGGACAUUGGACCUCCAGUGUCUCACACUGGUUUUACAGGGCAGCACCUCCCCUUCGUUGGAUUCACCUACACCACCGACAGCUGCUUCUCCGACCGCAGCUCUGUCAGCAGGGCGGGGUUGCGUGUCCAGAUCGAAACAGACGGCGGAGCGGGAGGGGAGGAGGUGGAGGUUUUUGAGAAGAGGAUUCGUCGACUGGAGCAGGAGAAACAGGAACUGAACCGCAAACUGCAGGAGUCGACUCAGGCCCUGCAGGCUCCAGCUCGAGGAGGAACUCUGAGUCGAGACAAAGAGAUCAAGAAGCUCAACGAGGAGAUUGAACGACUCAAGAAGAAGCUGGCAGACUCUGACAGGCUGGAGCACCAGCUGGAGGAGGCGGUCUCUCUCAGACAGGACUAUGAAAGCUCCGCCUCCAAAAUGAGGAGCCUGGAGAAGCAGGUGAAAAGCCUGCGACAGGAGAAGGAUGAGGUCCACAAGCAGUUGGCUGACGCCCUGGAACGCCUGAGGAGUCAGACGAAGGAGCUGAAGGAGGCGCACUCGCAGAGGAAGCUGGCACUGCAGGAGUUCUCUGAGCUGUCAGAGAGGAUGGCUGAGCUGCGCUCCUCAAAGCAGCGCCUGACCCGCCAGCUCCGUGACAAGGAGGAGGAGAUGGAAGCGCUGCUGCAGAAGAUGGACGGCACGAGGCAGGAAAUCCGCAAGAUGGAGAAGAGCCGCAAGGAGCUGGAGGCUCAGCUGGAUGAGGCGCAGACAGAGGCAUCAAAGGAGAGGAAGCUGAGGGAGCACAGCGAGGUUUACUCCAAACAGCUGGAGGCGGAGCUACAGAGUCUAAAGUCUCAGCAGGGCCGUGGAGUAGCAGCGGGAGGAGCGGAGUUUCACCAGGAACUAUCCCGUCUAAAGGCAGAGCUGGACAAGAAGGUGGUGUUCUACGAGGAGGAGCUCCUGAGGAGGGACUCGGCCCACUCCUCUGAGAUAAAAAACCUCCGCAAAGACCUGCAGGAGUCUGAGGGGGCGCAGCUCACCGCCAACAAGGAGCUGCUGCAGCUCCGAGACAAGCUAGACAAGGCCAAGAGGGACAGGCAAGUUGAGAUGGAAGAAGCUCUCACUGCUCUCAAGGAGAAACAUGAGCGAGAGAAGAACCUGCUGACAGAAGAAAACCGAAAACUGACGACAGAGACCGACAAGCUGUGCUCGUUCGUGGAUAACUUGACGGCUCAGAAUCGGCAACUAGAAGACGAGCUGCAGGACCUGGCGUCCAAGAAGGAGAGCGUGGCUCACUGGGAGGCUCAGAUCACCGAGAUCAUCCAGUGGGUCAGCGACGAGAAGGACGCUCGAGGUUAUCUGCAGGCUCUGGCCACCAAGAUGACGGAGGAGCUGGAAACUCUACGCAGCUCCAGCUUGGGAACCAGACCUCUGGACCCCCUGUGGAAGGUGCGCCGCAGUCAGAAGUUGGACAUGUCUGCUCGCCUCGAGCUGCAGUCAGCUCUGGAUGCUGAAAUCAGAGCCAAACAGCUGGUCCAGGAGGAGCUGCGCAAAGUCAAAGCCUCAAACAUCAACCUGGAAAGUAAGCUUAAGGAGACAGAGGAAAGGAGCAAGGAAAUGGUGGAGCAGAUGGAGACCCUAAAAAAGGAGAUGGAGGAGACCCGUUCACGUUCCGACAAAGGUCUGAAGCUCCCGGACUUCCAGGACCCUAUCUUUGAAUACUUCAACACGUCUCCUCUAGCUCCAGACCUCACCUUCAGACCCUCAGACAUAGACGCCACCCCUGCAAAAUCAGACACUACGCCCCCAUCACCCUCCACAGGCUCCGAAAACGAGGAAAUUAAAGCAGUCCCUUCGAGCCCCUCUCCCAUCUAUCAGAGCACAGCGCUGACCACACCAAAGCCCAAAGCUCACCAGCUGAGCAUCAAGACAUUCUCCAGCCCGCCUCAGUGCACGCACUGCACCUCCCUGAUGGUGGGACUAAUCCGGCAGGGAUACGCCUGCGAAGUGUGCUCCUUCAUCUGUCACGUUUCCUGUAAAGACCACGCCCCUCUUGUCUGCCCAAUCCCAGCAGAGCAGGCCAAGAGGCCACAGGGCAUUGACGUCCAGAGGGGAAUCGGCACUGCAUAUAAGGGCUACGUCAGGAUUCCGAAGCCCAGUGGCGUGAAAAAGGGCUGGCAGCGAGCAUUCGCCGUGGUCUCUGACUGCAAACUCUUUCUCUACGACAUCCCAGAGGGAAAAUCCACGCAGCCUGGGGUGGCAGCCGGUCUGGUCCUCGACCUCAGGGAUGAAGAUUUGUCCGUUAGUUCGGUCUUGGCUUCCGAUGUGAUCCACGCAACCAGGAAGGACAUCCCCUGCAUCUUCAGAGUGACAUCAUCGCAGCUGAUCUCGCAGCUGUCUUCAGUGUCUCUGCUUGUCCUGGCAGAGAGCGAGGUAGAAAAGAGAAAAUGGGUCCGGAUUCUGGAAGGUAUGCAGAGCAUCGUGACCAAGAACCUGCUGAAGAGCCAGCAGGUCCACGUCCUGCACGAGGCCUACGAUGCCUCGCUGCCCAUCAUCAAGACCACGCUGUCCGCCGCUGUGCUCGAUCGUGAGAGGAUCGCCCUGGGAACAGAAGAAGGACUGUUUGUGGUUGAAGUCACGAGAGACGUGAUUGUGAGAGCCGCAGACAGUAAGAAGAUCUCUCAGAUUGAAUUGAUCCCAAAGGAGAAGAUCAUUGCGCUCCUCUGUGGUCGCAACCGUCAAGUUCACCUUCACCCCUGGGGGGUGCUGGAGGGAGCGGAGUCCAGCUUCGAUGCCAAGCUGGCAGACACCAAAGGCUGCCAGGCUAUGGCUGCCGGCGUUCUCCGCCCAGGAGCCCCCUGCCUGCUGGCUGCCGUCAAACGUCAGGUUCAGUGCUACGAGAUCACUCCGGGAAAGCCCCACCACAAGAAGCUGUGGGAGGUGCAGGCCCCAGGUUUGGUUCAGUGGUUGGGGAUGCUCAGGGACCGGCUGUGCAUCGGUUACCCGUCAGGCUUCGCUCUGCUGGCCUUGCAGGGGGAGUCGUCGCCCAUAAGCCUGGUGAGCCCGGCAGACCCAUCGCUGUCCUUCCUGGCGCAGCAGCCACUGGACGCUCUGCAUGCCCUGGAGGUCGGAUCCAGCGAGCUGCUGCUCUGCUUCAGCCAGCUCGGUGUCUAUGUGGAUGGACAGGGACGUCGGUCCCGGACCCAGGAGCUCAUGUGGCCCGCCACACCGCUUGCUUUCUGCUCUAACUCAUCUCACCUGACGGUCUACAGCGAGUAUGGGGUCGAUGUCUUUGAUAUUCACACUACUGAGUGGGUCCAAACAAUCUCCCUGCGCAAGAUUCGACCUCUGAAUGUUGAAGGAACGUUAAACCUGCUGAGCUCAGAACCUCCUCGUCUGAUUUACUUCAGCAACACCUCCUCAGAGGGCGAUCUCACCAUCCCGGAGACGUCCGAUCACAGCAGGAAGUUGAUGGUUCGAACUCGCAGCAAGAGAAAGUUUCUCUUCAAGGUUCCCGAGGAGGAGCGACUCCAGCAGAGGAGGGAGAUGCUGAGGGAUCCGGAGCUUCGCUCUAAGAUGAUUUCUAACCCCACCAACUUUAACCACGUGGCUCACAUGGGACCAGGAGACGGCAUGCAGGUCCUCAUGGACCUUCCUCUGGUUGGUGAUGUUGCCUCCCUCUCCUCCUCCCCGUCUCCCUCCCCUUCCUCCUCUUCUUCUCGUCACACCCUCAUCUCUCCCCCCUCCAACUUUGAGCACGUGUAUCACAUGACGUCGGCAUCGGCUGGCGCCUUCUUGCAGAAAGAUGCCUCCUCUUCCUCCUCCCAGCAGAGCCUCCUGCAGCCUUCCUCCUCCUCCUCCUCCUCUCCCUCCACCUCCUCUGUGGGAAGGAGUGUGAUGCCCUCCUCUCAUGACGACUCCAUUAAAGAUAAGCCCCGCCCCCUCUCCAGUAUCUCACGGCAACAGAGGAGCAAGACGCACAUCACACGCACAGCUUCAGAUUUUGGGGGAGGAGCUUCGUCCCGCAGCAUCUGUGACCCGGACGAGAUGGACCGAGAGCCUGACUCUGACUCCACCAAACACUCGACGCCCUCCAACAGCUCCAACCCCAAGCCCCCCAGCCCCAACUCCCCCCACCGCAGCCAGCUCACCCUCGACGGCCUGGACUCCGAAGCCUGAAGCCCCGCCCCUACCUGAACGAGUCGGGCUGUGGACUGAGAGCUUAGCUUUUACUUUGAGGGUUUUAUUGUGGCGGGGUGUGUUUGCGCUUCCUGCUGCUUUUUAUUUUGUUGGAUUUUACCUGCUGGGAA